AAUUUAUCUCUGAUUAGUUCAAAUUCAUUCCUAAAAAAAAAGAUUAAAUAUUAAACUUGUUUACAUGAUAAUACUAAUGCUAAUAUCUGAAAUGUUUUACCCAAACCCACACAUGAAACACUGAAACUUACUCAAUCCUCUCUACUCAAAUACGCUUUUCAGUUUUCUCAAAAACAAAAAUAAAAAAAACGCUUUGCAUUUAUUUUUAUUCUACUGUCUUCCUCUUCUCUCUGUAAAAUUCGAUUCCCAACAUUUUUGAAUGGAGGUUGGAUUGCAACUGCUGCUUUCUCCGCUCAAUACCAACAUUGUUGUCCGUACUGCUUGCUGCACCGCGGGGGUUGUUUUACCUGUGUACUCGACUUUCAAGGCUAUCGAGAACAGAGAUUUGAUUGACCAACAAAAAUGGCUUCUCUAUUGGGCUGCUUAUGGAACCUUCAGUGUUGCAGAAGUGUUUGCAGAUAAAGUACUGUCCUGGUUUCCUCUUUACUAUCAUGUGAAGUUUGCCUUUCUUGUUUGGUUACAGCUUCCGUCAGUCAAUGGAGCCAGGCAGUUGUACAUGAGCCAUCUACGGCCAUUUCUAUUGAGGCAUCAAGCUAGAUUGGAUCAAGUUACAGGGCUUGUAUAUCGUGAAAUGGAUAAGUUUGUGAUUACACAUCAAGCAGAAUUCAAGUUUGUAAAGGCACUUUUCCUGAAAGUUCUAGCAUCAGUGCACCAUAUGGUUCAGCAUCCUGCUGAUCAAGGGCGAAGACCAGCAAAUAAUUCUGUUGAAGGCUCGCCAGUUAUACGGGACUCAGAAUAGCAUUGUGGAGAUUAGGUCAUUCUUCAUGAUCAGUAACUAGCUUAGUGUCUACAUAUUUCAUUGAUUAUUAAUCCUAUCUUAGACGUGCUUAAAAAAAGGAAGAAGAAGAAGAUGUUGAGCUCUUAGUUGCUUGAGGGAUAAGCAGAUGAGAAGCUUCAGGCUUCAGCUGUAACCAUUUACCUGUGUAAAGUUAGAAAGAGAAGCUAGAAUUAUGAUCUGGAAUUGCAAAAUUAUGAGGAUUAAGUGGACUUGUAUAGCUCUUCAAGCAUAUUGCGGUCUCAUGGAGAUGGAAUGGUAAUAUAGAAGUUGAGGGAUUUAUUUGCAA